AUGGCUGUACCACCAUCCCCGGGACUCGGAAAAUUCAACAAGAGGUUCAACAAGAUGGCUGCCCCACCACCCCCCCGUUCAUGCGACUCUAGCAGCGAUGAUUCUUCUGACGACUCUGACGAUUCGUCUCAAAUGGUGUAUAAACAAGGGCCGGGAGGGAAUAUCGUUUUCGUUCCAGCCCCAGAAGUUAAGAAUACCAAGCAUGUAUCGCCUCAAGAUGCCAUAGAUGAUUUCUGGGCCAAAUUCAAAAGCAAAACACCAGGAAAGGCUUCCACUGUCCUACCUAAGAACCUUUACACACAAAAAGCCGGCCAGAAGGCGUCCAAGCCGGUCAUAAAAGGAAAGAAUGCUGUUGCAUCAUACGAAGAAGCGGCAGCAAUUUGCAAGGCCAAAGUUGCCAAAAUCGUUAAAGAAUGUCGUCGAGUAAACCAAAAAUACCGUGAUCCACAUUUCGAUAUUGAGUUCGACUUGAAAUGGGGCAAGGGAGAUUGUCUGCAAAUGCUCCAGAAUACAAGUGAGAAAUUAAUACCAACAUUCAGUCCUGGGUCUGUCAAAAGAGUCGGUGACAUAUUCGAUAAUCCUCAAUUUUAUGUGAGCGGGGCAACCGCAAAUGAUAUCAGGCAAGGACGUGAUGGUGAUUGUUGGUUCAUGGCAGCGCUUUGCACAUUGGGAAAUAAGCCUGGCUUGAUUGAAAAGGUUUGUUGUGCCCGAGAUGAGGAGAUUGGUGUUUAUGGAUUUGUUUUCCAUCGAGAUGGGGAGUGGAGAUCUGAGAUCAUUGAUGACAAGCUUUAUUUGACGAAGCCUGAUUAUGAUGAGAGUUGGAUUGAACGUAAUCUCAUUGAAGAUCGCCAACGUAUCAAUUCCGAAGAAGAUUACCGCAAGAUUUAUCAGAGUAACUCUGGUGCGUUGUAUUUUGCGCAGUGCGAAGAUCCAAAUGAGACUUGGUUGCCGUUGCUUGAGAAGGCGUACGCAAAAGCUCAUGGGGAUUACGCCGCUAUUGAAGGAGGUUUCACUGGUGAAGGACUUGAAGAUCUUACUGGUGGCGUCACAACCGAAAUAUUUAGCACGGAUAUUCUCGACAAGGAGUACUUCUGGAAAGAGGAAUUGUUGAAAGUCAAUAAAGAUUUUCUAUUCGGUUGCGCUGCCGGUAUUUUUUGGGGACGUGGUAAUAGAAAAGGUAUCUAUGAGGGUCAUGCAUACUCGAUUUUACAAGCUGUGGAGAUUGAUGGGCAACGACUUGUCUUGCUGAGAAAUCCAUGGGGUGAGGGUGAAUGGAAAGGCGCUUGGAGCGAUGGAAGCAAAGAGUGGACACCAGAAUGGAUGAAAAAACUGGAGCAUCGCUUCGGAGAUGACGGAUCGUUUUGGAUGUCAUAUGAGGAUCUUCUCAAGAAGUAUCAAACAUUCGAUCGCACACGAUUGUUCACCGAUGAAUGGAAAGUCACGCAGUCUUGGGCCUCCAUGGAAGUUCCAUGGACCGUUAACUACCAUGAUACCAAAUUCUCUUUCACUCUUGAUAACGCAGCGCCUGUUAUGAUUGUCCUCUCUCAACUCGACGGUCGUUACUUCUUUGGGCUCGAAGGACAAUAUCGGUUUGAAUUGUCUUUCCGUAUUCACAAAGCAGGGGAAGAGGAUUAUAUUGUUCGAAGUCAUGGUAAUUAUUGGAUGCGUCGAUCUGUUACUGCUGAAUUGGAACUUCCAGCCGGCGAAUAUGAUGUCUUGAUGAAAGUUAAAGCUUUCAAAGAUGGAGGUUCUCUUCCGGUCGAAGUUGUUGUCCGAAACAACGCUAAGAAACGUCGUGACAAGCUCUCCCGCAUCGGUCUAUCUUACGAUUUAGCUCAUGCCAAGGGAAUAUUCAGGGAGACUCCCGAGGAAAAGAAAGCUAGAAAAGAGGCUGAGGAGAAGAGGAAGAAUAAGCUGAGGAAAGAAGUCAAGGAGAGGUUAAUGAAGGAAAAGCAGAAGAUGGUCCAUAAUGACAAUAAGGAGAAACGCAAAGUCCAAGAGAAGAAAAUUAAACGCAAGGCUAAGGCCAAAGCUCAAAAAGCCAAAAAGGUUGCUGCGGAAGAAGCCAAAAAAGCUCAAAAGGCCGCUGAAGAUGCUGCUAAGUUGGCUGCGGAACAAGCUGCGAAACAAGCUGCGGAAAAGGCUGCAGGUCAAGAUCAAAAUGCCGAAGUUAAGGAUGUGGAAGUUAAGUCCAUUGAAAUUGAAACCAAAGAUGAUGAAAUGACAAAAUCGACCGAUGAAGCAUCGUCCGACAAACCACUAGAGACUAAGGAACCAUCGAUUACUACGGGAGCCACAUCAGAAGGACCUACAAACUCAACCUCCACCGAUAAACCAGGAAAUGAAGCAACGGAGAUUCAGUCAGGUGACACAGUCAUUCAGGUAAAGGCCAUAUCUGUUGAUGUCAAAUCGGCUACAACUACCAAACCAUCUACACCUACAUCCAAAUCACCCGUGAUUUCAUCAUCCCCGCGUCCUCCAAUAACACCCAUUGAUGACUCAGACGACUCUGACCUCGAAUCUAUCUCUUCCGAUAUUUCCGACAUCACAGUUGGAGUAAUCGACGACAAAAUCGAAGCGGAAAACAAAAUUACCCCACCUGCACCCCCAUCCAAGGACAAAGAAGAAGAAGAAGAUGAGUUCGAGAAAGAUCCAUGGAAUGCAGUCUUGGUGGUAGGAUUAAGAGUUUAUAGUAAGGAGAGUGCGGUGACGGUGACCGUCAAGAGGGAGAGAAGGUGGGAGGAGCCGGAAAAGAAAAGGAAGAGGAGGGAUAUUAUGGGGGAAGAGAUCAGUGAUGAUGAGGAGGAGGAAGAGAGUCCAAUGGAGGUUGGGGAGAAGAAGUUGGAUGUUGAUGAUUCGGCGGCGGAUGCGGCGGAUAAGGCGGUGGUGGAGAGUCCGGUUGAGGAGAGGGAGGAUCCGAUUGAGGAGGGGAAGGGAAAGGGGAAGGAGAAGGAGGGAGAGAAUAUUGAUGAAAAGAAAGAUGGCGAUGAUAAGGAAGACGAAUGCGAGAAUGUUGAGAAAGAAAAGACGAGAACCGACACCGACACCGACAAGAAAGCAGAAUCCGAAACUGCAAACAAGGAACCAGAAACCGAAACCCAGAAAGCAACUGAAGAUGAGAAGGAUAUAGUUGAUGUGAAAGUCGAGGAUUCCACAGACUCAAUUAUUGAAGUAGAGGUUGACAUUGAUGUUGAACUUGAUGUCCAGAUCAGCACGAAAGAUGGAGAAGAGAAGAAAGAUGAACAGGAAGCGGGAAUAGAAACAGAAACAGAAACAGAAACGACUAGUCAAAAGGAUAGUGAUGAGGGUUCUUCGGUUGUUGUUGUGUAG